GUGGGUGGCACUGAGCCGGGAGGAUGGCGGCGGCGGCGGCGGCGAGCGGCUGCCGGAGAAACGGAGGAACAGAAUGCUGGAGCUGGGAUUGAAGAUUUAUAAAGGAUUAUGGGAUUAUACGUUGAAGAGCCAGCAGGCGGAAUGCCUGAGUGACUGAAGAAAAUGGGUGCUAAUGCAUCUAACUACCCUCACUCGUGUUCCCCAAGGGUAGGGGCAAAUUCACAGGCACAGCAGACAUUCAUAGGGACAUCAUCCUACUCUCAUCAAGGUUAUGGCUGUGAAUCAAAGCUGUAUAGCCUUGACCAUGGCCAUGAGAAACCUCAAGAUAAGAAAAAGAAAACCUCUGGCCUCGCCACCCUCAAAAAGAAAUUCAUUAAGCGUCGGAAAUCUAGCCGAUCUGCCGACCAUGCCAAGCAGAUGCGUGAGCUCCUCUCGGGCUGGGAUGUCAGAGAUGUUAAUGCGUUAGUAGAAGAAUACGAAGGGACAUCAGCCUUAAAAGAACUUUAUCUGCAAGCUAAUUUGGCAAGACCAGAAGCCAGGACGCUACAAAAAGAUAUGGCUGAACUCUAUCAGUACAAAUAUUGUACUGAUGUAGAUUUAAUAUUUCAAGAGACUUGUUUUCCUGUGCAUCGUGCGAUAUUGGCAGCAAGGUGUCCAUUUUUUAAGACACUGCUUUCUUCUUCACCAGAGUAUGGGGCGGAAAUAAUAAUGGAUAUUAACACAGCUGGCAUAGAUAUGCCUAUGUUUUCUGCUUUGUUACACUACCUUUAUACAGGUGAAUUUGGAAUGGAAGAUUCAAGAUUUCAAAAUGUUGAUAUCCUUGUGCAGCUUAGUGAAGAAUUUGGAACACCAAACUCCUUAGACGUAGACAUGCGUGCACUCUUCGAUUACAUGUGCUACUAUGAUGUGGUUCUUAGCUUCUCAUCUGCCUCUGACUUAGUUGAUACUUUUGGUGGAAGUCAGAACUGCCUAGAUGAAGAGCUCAGAGCUCAUAAAGCUAUUAUUUCAUCACGGUCCCCGUUUUUUCGUCACUUGCUGCAGAGGAGGAUAAGAACUGGUGAAGAAAUCACAGACCGAACCCUACGAACUCCAACUAGAAUUAUCUUGGAUGAAUCUAUCAUACCAAAAAAAUAUGCGAAGGUCAUUUUGAACUGUAUGUAUACAGAUGUGGUGGACCUCUCAGUUUUGCACUCUAGCCCUUCAGUGGGCAGUUUAAGUGAAGUUCAGGCUCUUGUAGCAGGAAAACUAAACAUGACUAGGGCUGAAGAAGCUAUGGAGCUUUAUCACAUAGCACUGUUCUUGGAAUUCAACAUGCUUGCACAAGGCUGUGAAGAUAUUAUUGCAGAGAGCAUCUCACUAGACACCUUAAUUGCCAUUCUGAAGUGGAGCUCUCAGCCAUAUGGUUCCAAGUGGGUACAUCGUCAAGCACUACAUUUCCUCUGUGAGGAGUUUACCCAGGUCAUGACUUCAGAUGUCUUCUAUGAACUCAGCAAGGACCACCUGCUCACAGCUAUUCAGUCUGACUAUUUACAGGCAAGUGAACAAGAUAUCCUUAAGUACCUGAUUAAAUGGGGAGAACACCAGUUGAUGAAGAGAAUAGCAGAUCGAGAGCCCAAUUUACUCAGUGGUACUGCUCACAGUGUGAACAAAAGAGGUGUGAAGAGGAGAGAUCUUGACAUCGAAGAGCUGAGAGAGAUCCUGUCUCCCCUUUUACCUUUUGUCCGCAUUGAGCACAUCUUACCCAUGAACAGUGAAGUUCUGAGUGAUGCAAUGAAGAGAGGCCUGAUAAGUACUCCUCCUUCAGACAUGCUACCAACAUCAGAAGGUGGAAAGUCAAAUGCCUGGCUGAGGCAAAAAAAUGCUGGAAUAUAUGUGCGUCCAAGACUGUUCUCACCAUAUGUGGAGGAGGCAAAGAUCUUGAUGAAAUUCCACCGGAAACAAAGCAGCGUUCUGAGGGAAACCUCCCUGGUUUCCAGCCAGUUUGCCGGCCCAGCUCCUCGGCAGCCCUCAUGGCAGGCGGAUGGCAAGUCAGUGCUGGACGAGAUGAUGGUGGAACAAACGGAUCUCGUUCGGUUGCGGAUGGUCCGAAUGUCCAACGUGCCCGACACCCUGUACAUGGUAAACAACGCAGUGCCGCAGUGCUGCCAUGUGAUUACCCACCAGCAAGUUAGCACUAACCAGUCCAGCCCUCCUUCAGUUAUAGCCAAUGAGAUCCCAGUCCCCAAUCUCCUCAUUGUGAAAGAGAUGAUCAGACGGCUGCAGGAGCUGCGUCACACUGAGCAGGUGCAAAGAGCCUAUGCUCUUAAUUGUGGAGAAGGUGCCACAGUCAGUUACGAGAUUCAGAUUCGUGUGCUGCGAGAGUUUGGACUUUCUGAUGCUGCUGCUGAACUUCUGCAGAAUCCUCACAAAUUCUUUCCUGAUGAGCGAUUUGGGGAUGAAAGCCCACUCCUGACAAUGAGACAGUCUGGACGAUGUCGUGUUAACAGCACUCCCACUGCAGAAACCAUGUUUACAGAACUGGACUCUUUUGUGGCCUUCCAUCCACCAUUGCCCCCUCCGCCGCCUCCAUACCAUCCACCAGCAACUCCUAUUCACAACCAGUUCAAAGUGGGCUGGAAACAAAGGGUGCCAAGUCAACAUCCCUCCCGUUCCUUUUCCUACCCAUGUAAUCACUCACUAUUCCACUCCCGAACCGCUCCCAAAGCUGCACCACCUGUCUACAUGCCCAGUGUUAAAGCUGCGCCUCCUGAUUGCACUAACACUACAGGUCCGGGGAGACAAACAGUAGCGGCAGCAGCAGCAGUGAUGGCAGCUGAGAAGCAAGUAUGUACUCAGCCCAUGCUAAAUGAACUGAUGCCAGAUAUUGCAAUGGGUGUGUCAGCAAUGUCUUUAAAAGACAGAAGAUUACCAGAGCUCACGGUUGACACAGAACUAAGCCAGACGGUUACGGAGGUAGGGCCCGGUCCACCCCAGCACAUUUCAUGUAUUCAAAACAGACACAUGCCUACUUCUCGGAAGAAACAUGCAAUAGAGCAAAAAAUAGAUGCUCGAGAAAAUCAGCAGGAAUAUCCUGACUUCUAUGACUUCUCUAAUGCUGCAUGCAGACCCUCUACUCCAGCACCCAACAGGCACAGCCCUUCGCCUUCACAAGGCAUAUAUUUUGGCCCAGAUUUGUAUAGCCACAAUAAGGCAUCACCAAGUGGCUUAAAGUCAGCCUAUCUGCCUUCCCAGAUAUCUCCUAAAAAGCCAGAGGAUUCUAGGAGGGAGUACCUGCUCUCCCAAGAUGGGCAUCAACACAGGCAAAAGAAUGAACCAAUACACCUCGAUGUCUUAGAACAGCCUCCCCAGCGACUGGACUUGGCAUUGGCUACCCAGGAAAGUGCUAGUAAUGGCCUGGUUCACAUCAGGGGAAGAACAAAAAUGGAAACAGAUUUAACCUAUGGCCUAACUGCCAACAGACCUUCACUCUCUACAUACCCCUCUGAAAUGCAAGAAGAGCGACCUGGUAGGAGACUGGCAGAUGAUGAGCCACUGGAACAUGGAGCACAGAGAAAUGCAGAGUUGGAAAGGGAAGAUGCAGUGAGCAGAGGAAGGAGGUCUCCAAACAAACCAGAUUUUCUGUAUAAAAAAUCUGCCCUAUGAAAGCAACCUUCACUAUUUUGCUGUGCCUAAGAGUUCUAAACAUCCCAUUCUUUGCAACUUCUGGCCUGACUUCUGUCAGACCAAUUAAUUCAUGCCAGCAGAUAAGUUCAGCUUCUUUCACUUCUUUUGUACAUAUGUUGCUUUAUUAGAGACAGCAUGUUAUCAGUUUGGUUUUAAAGCUGCUUCUGGUUUUAUUUUGUGGGAUUUUUUUUAGUACAUUUAAGCCUUUUGAGAGGGAAAAAAACCAAACAAAAACAAACGCUGGUACCUUUUUUUUCUACAACCUCGUAGUCUUUUGCACCCGUACAUUUAUUUUAGUGUAGUAGUUUUGUACUAAUAUGUUAAGCUUUAUUGUCACAUUUAAAGGACUGUAUUUUCAUACUUCUGCAUUUUCCCUUUCACUUACCAAUUCCCUGUGUGCAUUGGGUUGCACAUUACAAAAUGUAUUUUCUUACAGGAUAGCAACAAUGUGUUUAUUUUUUAAUUAUAGGAAUUCCAAAGAACAGCACAUCAAAAAUACUACAUUUUUGGUUACAGAUUUAUUUGUUGAGAUCUGAAAUCUUCCUGAUUUUUAUGACUGUGGCAAGAAUAUGAUGUUUGGUUUGAAAAGAUCUGGCAGCUGGUCUUACCCUUACAUAGCAAGCCCACUUCAAGAAUUCUAUUUGGGUUUGUAAGAAUCCAGGGGCAUAUUUAGAAGUCCAAAUUUCAGUGAAAUUCACUGAGAUCUGGCAGUCUGAAUCGGUUUGAUUUCUGGUUCGGCUGUGACCAUGGAGAACUCCAUGAUCACCCAGAAACCCUUAGGAGACAGAUGAAAAUUGUUUGUUUGCCCAUGCAGAAAUAGAUGUAGAAAUGCUGUAAAAAUUACAAUAACUUGUUCUUCCAGCUGCUCAUAUGUGAGGGUAAGUGAUGGCCAGAGUUAAGGAUUCGUGCUAAAUCCUGGAGUGUCAGGAAGACAAGGCAUAGUAUCUUCGCUGUUGCCUGACUGGUAACCCUACAUUUGAGAGGGUUCCCUCUCCAACAGAGGUGCUGAGGUGACUUGCUCCUUGCCUUGCUUUCUCCUGCCUAUGAUUAAAAAAGGGCUUCUCUUGUAGUGAUGUCGUUCAGUGUUCCUUACCUGAUCUGAAGUGCUGCUGACUUUGUAACUGCAGCUGUCCUGUGACCAAAAUCAAAGAGUUAACUGCUCCAGCAUCGUGAAAUGUGCAAAGCUUUAGCACUCCAAAAUGACACCUCCAUUUCUUGACUGCUUUUUUAAAGCACAGAAAUUAGAUUAAUCCCUUAUGGUAUGAAAAGGGAAAGACGGUGAUCUGGGCUGACUCCUGCCACUGGGCCGGGGUUAAGCAAUGCACCGAGUGUAACAGCUACACUUACUUAAAGGCAUCCUUAAUAUUUACAUAGCAUUUUUACCAGAGAUUCAUUGCAUUUAGAAUAGGGAUCUGAUGCCACUGCAGUGUAGUGAUUACUGGUAAAGGCCUGUUUGGGUUUUUCUAACUGCAGUUUCUAUAUGGAAGAGUUUCCCCUAAGGACUAUUUUAAGGUUAGAUUGUGAUGUUUCUUGCAGUUCAAAAUGCUUAAUGCUAUUUAAACAGAAAUCUUGCCACAACUUUUAGGUGAUGGUAGAUUCUUACCUAUUUAAUUUUAAAGGUCUGGUAACACCACAGUGUAAUUGAAAUCUAUUGAAUUUCCAAGCUACAGAGUAGCUUCUAAGUAAAUGGAGAUAUGGGUGUCUGAACUUAUAAAACCUACUGUCUCCUGCAUACACAUCUGUAGGCCUCCUGCUUCUGUGAGUGAUCUGCAGACACUUCUUUUGAGAUGCAACCAUAGAAGGCAUGAUGUAGGGCUAAAGGAGAAACUUAGCUAAACCACACAAGUGGUGUCUUGUCUGGGUUUUCUUCUUGUUUGGUUUUUGGAUUUUUUUUCACCACAGUCAAGAUAUUUGGCAGUCCUGGCGUCAUCACCAACCUGUAGUAUUUCCAUGGGGCUGCAGCGUAGAACAUUGUUAAAUGUAAGGAAAUGUUGGUGAUGGGGUGCUGCUGCUGCAGGUUAGAGGCUGAGGUUCAUCUGAUUUCUUCUGGAGAUUUGAGUACAGUGCUGUCUGCCUGUGUAACUCACUGGCACUAGAAGCAUUAGCUUUGAUUACACAUGCACUUGCAUCAUAUAUAUAUAUGUUAGUGGCUUAAUUACUGAAGUCAUAGCUGUCCUCAGAAGAUUUACUGUUCUGAGUAAUUUAUUUUUACCUAAUGUACUUUGAGAAAAGUAGUUAUCAGAGCUGGAUGUGGCACUGUGUGCCUGGAUGGAGAGGAGGCUGAAAUCUACAGAUGUCAGUUGUAGGCUUGAAAUUUGUGGGGACAAGGCUGAGGAAGACAGAGUAGUUUUCAGGUUAUUGCUUGAGGAAAAUCAUGAAACGCUUUGGCAUUGGAAUAUGCUGGCAAGAAAUGCCUCUGGGGGAACAUGCCUGCAUUUUAGAAUACAAAAUUGCUUCUGAAGUCUCAGAAGCUGAGCAGUAUUAAAAUGAGACUGAAGUGUUUAAAAGUAGGUGCAAAAUAAAAGACAUGUCCUUCUGAGGCCACAGAGACAAUCAGGCCAUGUAGACAAUCUGCAUUUUCACUUGUCUGUUUUGAGCUGGGAAGAAGAUAGCAGCUAAUGGCAGCCAAUUUGAAGUGGAAAAGAAGGAUUUGUUAAAUUACUGGAACUGUAUUUUCAUACUCCAGUGCAGGGUUUCCUGCUUAGACUUGCAGAGGAAGGGGAAAGAGACCAUGUUUAUUCUUUAUGGAAGCUUUAUUGAGAAGCUAGCAUUCAUCUAUCAUCUCACUCACAGAACACACAUACCUGUGCUACCUGCUACUUCUUGUUCUCUGUCUACUAAACUUUGGUGCAGAAGCUCCUUGUUUACAUAAAGCACUUUCUGAUUAGGCUGGAAAUGAACAUCUCCUCCUCCUGUAAAUUUGAUGGAGAUAACAGAUUGCUGUGUUUUGAGGACAGAGCUAUGAGUGUUUUCUUGAAUGAGGAAGACUUGUGCUUGCUCUAUUAAAAAGAGAGCUCAGAUUUUCAUUUUGAGUAACAUGCAAAAACUUAAUCCCCUUUCCCUGACCCCAUCCUCUUUUCCUUAAUAUAUGAAUUAAUAACUUAAUACCUGAAACAGGUUCUUCCUUUAAAUGUUUUGUUGUUCCAGAGUUACUGUAGUUGUGUAUUAACUGCUGUGUUGAUUGGCAGUUCUUUGUAUCUUUCCUGUUCUGCAGGGGUUUCAUUGCUGAAAGUUAAGGCUGCGGCCACCUGUACUUGUAAGCCUUGGGUUUUGGUCCUGGAAUGCCCAAAAUGUUUGUCUUAUGGGUUGGUUUGUUUUGGGUUGGGUGGGGGAUUUGGGGGGUGGGGUUAGAUUUGGUGUUUGGUUUGGGUUUUCUGUUUGUUCUUUUUUUGUGAGAAUACUCACAUGCUGUUUGAGGCACUGUUCUAAAAAUCCUGUGCUUCUGUGGUAAAGGUGGUGCUGAGCUCUGCUGAAGGCAGGGAACAUCCGAGAGAAAAUUGUACAACAGUGUUUGGGGUUUCUGUAAUUAUCUGUACUGCCAGGAGGCAGCCCUGCCUUCGGCAGCGUUACGGUUUUGUUUCCUGUCCUUGUGUCGUUACUGGUAUAAAGUCAAGUGCCUUCAAUGCUAAAGGCUCAGAAAACUUUCUUAAACUGACUUCAUGUCCUAUGCAAGUGUUUUUUCUACAACCUGCAUAACCAGUACUUUGUAAAACUUGUUUACGCUUCAAUUGUACAUAGUGUUUUUUAAAAAAUAGUAUUUUUAUUUAGGUACCUCCAGACUUGAAUUCUGGUCUUGUGUGAUGCAUUGUAAAACAAUACAUUUCUCUUCUGAGUACCAUUACAGUUGUAAAAAGGUUUUCACUGGUUCUAUUUUUCUACUGUUGCUGAGAAGCAUGUAACACUGACUUUAUCCCACCUCUAGUUGGCAUUUCAAAUAAAUGGCUUGUCUAGAA